CCACGACCACCCACCAUCAUCGCCAACAAUGCAUAUCAUCAGCUGGCUAUCCUACAUUCUCGUCGCCGGGACUGUUGUCCUCGCCGACGAGAAAGCCCCAGUUAUGGAGCUCAAAAUUGACACGACCUAUAUGCCAGCAGAGUGCCCAACGAAGGCACAAAAGGGCGAUGCUAUUAAGGUGCACUAUACCGGAACUUUACACGCGAAUGGAAAGAAAUUCGAUUCUAGUCUCGACCGAGGUUCACCUUUGCCUCUAACUCUCGGCGUCGGCCAGGUUAUCAGCGGGUGGGACAAGGGGCUCCAAGGAAUGUGCCUUCACGAGAAGCGUACACUCACCAUCCCGUCAGAUAUGGCGUACGGUUCCCGUGGGUUUGGAAACGUUAUUCCAGCCAACUCCGCGUUGGUGUUCACCGUGGAACUUGUGGGCUUGGACCCCAAAGGACCCCGCGACGAGCUCUGAUUAGCAUACGCAUUAUUCAAGAUGCUUGCAAUAAUCCAUUUUUCGUUCUUUCGUUCCUUAUGAAAUCAAAAUGACGUCUUU